AGAAGGGCUGGGAGCGUUGGUGCGGGUGGCUGCCGCGCCGCCCCGAUCUUCAGAGCCGCGGCGGCCGCAGUCCGUCAUGGCCGACAACCUCAGCAAGCAGCCCAAGAAGGGUAUACUGAAAAAUUCGUCUAGUUUCGAAGGAAAUGAAAGACAGAGAGAAAAAGGGACUAAAUGGGAUGAGAUGAACAUCCUAGCAACGCUUCACCCAAAGGACAAAGACUAUGGUCACAUGAAGAUUGAAGAGCCCAAGACACCAUAUACAAAGUACAAUGAAGGUCAUUCUGAUGAUGAGCAGGAUGGCCUGGAUGCUGAUCUUCUGGCCAAAAAAAUUCAGCUUGGAGGUAAUGAACUUCCCAAGGCAUUAGUGGAGCCAGAAGUGGAGGAGCUAAGUGAAGAAGAAAGUGCAGAAGAAAUAGAGAAAAGAAAAAUUUUUGAAAUGAAGAGGAAGCAACAUUAUAAUGAGUAUUAUGCUGUAAAGCUUGCUCGAAAGUUAAUGGAAGAUGAUUCUGAGGAAGACGAAGAUGGAGAAGAGGAUGAAAACAAAGAAUCUGCAGGUAAAGAUGCAGUAAGUACAAAUGAUGAGAGAGAGGCAAGCAUGGAAGAAGUUGUUGAGGAUGGAAAGGAAGUUUCAGGAAGUCAUAGUGAAGAAAUGGCAGUGAGCGAUGAACAACAAGAAAGUGGGUUAGGAUCAUAAAGUCAUGUAUAAAGAUGGAAGAAAGCUGUGUAAUUAAAGUAGCUGUAGCUCCUACAAAAAUAGCAGCCCCUGCAGUUAUACAGUUAUCAUUAUGAACACUGCUCAUAUAGUUUAGUCUCCAUCAAAGGUAGAGAAUAGCUUAUCCAAACCAUCAUUUGAUACUGCAUCUAUUUUUUCUCUCUCUGUCUCAUAGGUCUCAGCAGAAGGAUCCGCUGUCUCAUUGUAUAAAUUACUUUCCUCUGACUAACCUUGUCCUUCAUUUUGUAUAGUCUGAAAAGGACUAUCCUUAGCAUAGUUUGUUUCAACCAUUUCCAUAACCAUGACAUUGAAUCACAUAUUAGAAAUGCAGCCAGUCGUCAAUUUACUUAUCGCUAAAAAAAAUCCUGUAGUGAUAGUGUUUGUAAGUUAGAAGGGAAUGUCUUUCUGUAAAAUUUAUAGUUUGUCCAAUUAUGCUUUAAACUUUGAUGACAGUUUAUCAGAGUAGCAGGAAACCACUGCUGCAUCUGUAUGCAGACAAAUUCCCACCUGGAUCCGUCUUGUAAUUUGCCUUGUCAUUUAUAUCUAGUGCUUUUCUGUCAUUAAUUUUUACCUUAUUAUGUCCUGUACUAUGAUGGAAGUCAUCCUAUCAUUGAAUACAGUGUUUUCUUUGAUA